UCUCUCAGAGCCUCCCAAGUCCCCUUAAGCCCCGCUCGGGUCUCCAGAGCUGCCCUGGCCCCCAGGCUCCGCGGGGUGGGGGUCCCAGAGAGCCGUGCCCCCUCCUCCCUCCGCGGGGCGGGGCCGGGCCCCCGCCCUGGACUCGCUCCGUUCCUGCCCCAGGCGCUCAUUCCCGGUCAUGGAGACCCGGCAGGCGGAYGUGUCCAUCCCGCUGCAGUCCUCCGGGUGGGGGGCGGCCGCCCCCGGCCACCAGUCCGACCCGCAGCCGCGGGACUACGUGCUCUGGUCGGUGUUGAACGUGCUGCUGUGGUGCGCGCUGGGCGGGCUGGGCUGCCUCAGCUUCCCCGCGCUCGUCUUCUCCAUCAAGACCCGUGACUGCAAGGUGGCGGGGGACCUGGAGGGUGCCCGGCGUCACAGCCACCACGCCAAGGUGGCCAACAUCGUCUGCUCCGUGCUGUUCACCGUCGCCUUAGUGAUCUUCAUCAUCAUCGCCGCCAUCGUCAUCUCCUCCAUCAGGGUCACUUGACCACCGCCUGGCCCCACCCGCGGCGUGCUUUCCCCCUUCCUCCUGCCCCCAAAACGGGGCGCGGGGGCCAGGGGGGUGACCCCCGUUCCCUCGCUGCCCACACCGCGGGUGUCCGAUCAGGUGGGGGCGUGGGAGGCAUCCCCCCCUCUUUGCUCUGCUCACGCUCUUCCCGGCACCUGUGACACACCUGUCGGCCACUACUGCCACCAAUAAAGCUGGUUCUGCCCAACCCCCUCGUUG